AUGAUUUUGUUUGUAAGGAAUCUGUGGAUGAUUAUGUAUUUAUUGAUAAAUGUAGCUAAGGUAACUGGACAGAAUGGUGUGGUAGAAAACCUUCCGACAACCAUAACUAUUCCGGAGAAUUUUAGAGGAAGUUGUCCGAUAUAUCAGCUGAGAUUGUCUGAAGAUGACGAAAUUACUGUCUUUACUUUCAUAGCUUAUCCCCCCGAGUCAGAGAUUCUUUUCUUUUUCGAUGCAAAUGAUUUGACUGUUCACGCAUAUGAGAAUGCUACCUUUGAUUUUGAAGUUCAAAAUACGCAUGUGUUAGAAUUCCAUAUAUUUUACAAGUCAUGGCCUGAGCCAUAUAAUCUGACAAUAAAUAUCGGAGAUGAGAACGAUGCGCCAUUUUUCCCGAAAGAUGUGUACUUUUUAGACUUUCAAGAAAGUAUGGAGAAACAAAGCAUGACCUUACAAGCAGUGGACGUAGAUGCAGAAGAUACUUUAGUUUACAAAGUGCAUGAUAUAAAUGACACAACAAGAAGAAUUGAAGCUCCCUUUCAUCUGAAUCAAACAACGGGUGAAUUGUCUUUUAAGGCUAAUUAUGAUGUGGAUCAUGGUCAGCCAUCUCAGUUUUAUCUCAAAAUGUCUGCAACUGAUUCAGGAAAUUUAAUUGCUUUCACAACGAUUAUCAUAAGAAUUCACAAUACGAACGACAACUCUCCCAGUUGUAAAGACCUAACGACUUAUACUCCUUUGUGCAUACCACUUGGAGUUCCUAUCGUGAACUUGACAGCAGAGGACAUUGAUGGAUCUCCAGUGUCGUUCUCAUUUUCAUCAAAAAGUCCAUCAAUAAAUGAGAGCAACUUAGGCAAUUAUCCUUUAAGACAAACGUUUUCAUUGACUGAGAAUGGUUCACUUUCAUUAAAACAAAAUAUAUCAAGUGAAACAUACUUUUUCAAUAUCAUUGUGAAUGACACUGGAGGUUUGACAGGCCACUGCAUUGUGACAGUUCGGUUUUUUAAAUGUGACAUAAAUAUUUCAUCAUCUGAUGAAAAAAUCCUUUUUGAAUUGAACGAGAAUGACAAGGAGGUUUGUAAAAAUAACGACAUGCUGUACUGGGUGCUUCCUCUUUGUAUUGUUAUCUGCGUUGGUGUCAUUCUGUUCCUAACAGCAUACGUAUGCAAACUGAAACUAAAGACAAAUCCUAAGACCAGUAUAGAAGUGUUUGAUCAGAAGGACUAGUUUCUUUUUAGUUAUUAUUCUUUAGCAAUGUUCAUUUACUACAACAUCUGAAUUUGCUGCAACUGAACAUGUAUUAAAGAGGCCUGGAAAACGUAUUCUUGUACAUGUAUUACUGGUUUGUUAACAAUUUCAAUUUUUUAAUCAAAAAAUUAAGGAAAAGCAGUUUAAUAAAAGGCUUCACUUGUA